CUCCAGGCCCCGCCUCCCCGCCUGGCUCCACCUCCACGCUCGGACCCCCCCCCCCCCCCCCCCCUCUACUCUUCACGCUCUGGCCGCCCCCGUCCGCCCCAGCUGGCCCUGAGCCCAGUCUCCACGUCCCAUCCAGACUUCCUGGGCCCGAACCCGCCUCCCGGGGGCGGGCCUGCACCAGGUGCGGGCUCGCGGUGUGGCGGAUCGCCAGGUGCGGCUUCCGCGUAAAGAUGGCUGCCGUCUGCCGCGACGGGGUCUGGCUCCCGCCCCGCCGCCGCCUUCCCGCGGGGCGCCCGCUGCUGCGCUUCGCCCUCUGCCUCCUGUGCUGCGGCCCGGCGGCUGUGGGCGCCGUCCCCGAGGUCGGGCUCUGGACCGCGACGAUCAGUGACAAAUCAGGACCUUUGAUAUUUAGGAAAACUAUGUUUAACUCUACUGAGAUCAAGUUUUCUGUUAAGUCAUUCAGUUGUCCCAGGCCUGUGAAGUUUACCAUAGAGUGGUAUUUGGAGCAUCAUACCUGUCACAACGACUAUUCUGAGUUGGAAGAGCUGUCACAGAAACGUGAGCUUCCCGGCACUGAAGACUUUUGUGGUCAUUAUUUCAAGAACAGUGAAUGUUGGACAACAAAAAAUGAAAAUGUAGAGUGCAGCGGUGAUUUACAGGUGUUUCCCCCACUGAAUAAUAAACAAUUAAUAUCAAAUACUGGAAAUGUCUCAAACCAGGAAGGAUCAACAGAUGUUGUAGCCAAAACACAAAGAGAUGGGUUUCAUAUCUUUAUUGUUUCUGUUAAAACAGAAAAAACAGAUGCAAGCUGGAAUUUGAACGUUUCUCUUUCUAUGUUGGGACCUUAUGGAUAUAUCUCUGCAUCAGAUUGGCCUCUAAUGAUUUUCUACAUGGUGAUGUGUAUUGUUUAUAUCCUAUAUGGUGUUCUGUGGCUGAUGUGGUCUGCCUGUUACUGGAAAGAUAUAUUAAGAAUCCAGUUCUGGAUUGCAGCUGUUAUUUUCCUGGGAAUGCUUGAAAAAGCAGUUUUUUAUGCUGAAUACCAAAACAUCAACAGCACUGGGCUAUCAACCCAAGGGUUACUGAUAUUUGCGGAAUUGAUAUCUGCGAUCAAGAGGACUCUGGCUCGCCUCCUGGUGAUCAUCGUGAGCUUGGGAUAUGGCAUCGUAAAGCCUCGUCUAGGAACCGUCAUGCACCGGGUCAUUGGAUUGGGGGUUCUUUAUUUUAUCUUUGCGGCUGUUGAAGGCGUGAUGAGAGUCAUUGGGGGUUCUAAACAUUUAGCUGUUGUCCUUGGUGACAUCAUUUUAGCACUUAUUGACUCCAUUUUUGUAUGGUUCAUUUUUAUAAGUUUGGCACAAACUAUGAAGACUCUCAGGCUAAGAAAGAACACAGUAAAAUUUUCUUUAUACAGGCACUUUACAAAUACCCUCAUCUUUGCCAUACUGGCAUCUGUAGUGUUUAUGGUGUGGACAACUAAGACAUUUAGGUUUGCAAAAUGUCAAUCAGAUUGGAUGGAACGCUGGGUUGAUGAUGCAUUUUGGAGCUUCCUUUUCUCACUUAUUCUUAUUGUAAUAAUGUUUUUGUGGAGACCAUCAGCAAAUAAUCAGAGAUAUGCCUUCAUGCCUUUAAUAGAUGAUUCUGAUGAUGAAAUUGAAGAAUUCAUGGUAACAUCUGAAAAUUUAACUGAAGGAAUAAAAUUAAGAGCCUCAAAAACAGUUUCCAAUGGAACAGCUAAAUCUGCUACUUCUGAUAAUUUUAGUGAAGAUUUGAAAUGGGUGGAGGAAAAUAUUCCCUCUUCAUUCACAGAUGUAGCUCUUCCAGUGUUAGUGGAUUCAGACGAGGAAAUUAUGACCAGAUCUGAAAUGGCAGAAAAAAUGUUCUCUUCCGAAAAAAUAAUGUGAUGGAACCCAAGAAUGAUGAAGGACUUCCUCAAGACUAAAAGAGAACUUUGUUUUGAUAUAGUGCAACAAGUUUUUAUUGCAUCAUCUUGGAAAUCUAUGUGUGAAAAUUAAGAAUUCAGAUGGUAGGAGGGUUCGGUAACCCUUUUUAAACUGACCCCUGAGUGCCAGUUUCAUGUCCAUUACAUUGCCUACUUGGCAGUGAUCUGAGAGAAGUAUUAUAAAAAAGAUAAGUUCCCAGCUACCCUUAGCUGAUGGGUGGCAGACAUGUGGAUUUGGGCAUGUGGGUUCUCUCUCUCUCUCUUUUUUUUUUUUUCUGAAAAAUAUGACAAUUUAAAAUAACUUACUUACAUCAAUGUUCCUAUUGUUCUUUUGCUGAGCUUCAAAAACAGUGAUAUGAUUCUUCUGAGAUGUGGUUAAAUCAGUGUCUCCAUCUAUUGGGUUUAUAGUUAUAUGUUGCAAUAAUAAUUCUCUUUGACUUUCAUGCUGAAGUGAUUUGGUAAUACUGAGUUGGCCAGAAAGUUCAUUUGUUCCGUGAGAGGGUACAGGAAAACCUGAAUGAACUUUUUGGCCAACCCAGUAAGUAAAAGUCGAUUAAUGUUGGAACAUAAGGGUGUAUAUAUGGGUAGUCUUGCUCUGGGUGUGCAUGUGUGUGUGUGCACAGGUCUGUGCAAAGGCCUUGUGUGCAGCUCACAUCAUGCACAUCAAAUCGUUGAUCUUCUCCGAGCUCAGGGGAACACAGUUUAUGGAGAGAGAGGUCCCUUCUGAAAAUCUGCUCUGCCUGUCCCCUCCCUUAGGCCAGGUGUGUACGUGCUGCUGCUGAAUCUGCCUGGGACAGGUGGGGUCACCUGGCCACAUGGUUCCACCGGAGCACUUCUUCCCUAGCAAGCUGGGAGGCUCAUUACCAGUGAGCCUUGAGGAAACUACAACCUUCUAUAUCAUCCUAGCAUAUUUGGUUUCGUAAUAAUACAUGUAUUUAACUGCAUAAUUUUGAAGCAGAUUGGAUCCCCAGCUCAUAUGGCUCCAGUUGAAUUUUGAAAUGCAGAAUCCUGGGCUUCCAGCCGCAGAGGUAGUGGAGUGUGAGUAGGGAGUCAGUGGGAAGUGUGCAGUGAUGAGGGUUAACACCUCUGAGGUAACCUUGAGGUGUUGAUGAAAACACUUCUUUCUGCAGCUGACAAGACAAAUAAUGCUGUGCCUGCAUAGCCAGCUACGUACCAAAAUGCGGACUUUUCUCAUCAUCACAGAAAGCAGUAUUUUCUCCUGAUAACCUCAUCAGAAGUGUUUUCCAAAGGACGCAUGCUGUGUCUGUCACCCCUGGUGGUCAGUGUGUUGUCUCCUGAAGACUCUCAGCCUGAACCAGGUGUUCCUGUAGAAUCAGGUUCCCUCAUGUGCCCAGGAGGGGGCGCCCCAGAACUGUAGCCUUGGUGCUUAUGAAGGAGCCCCGGGAGAAGUCACGCUCAGGAGCACUGUCAGCUCAUCACCAUUGCUUCUGCACAAAGACUCCAGAAACUGGCCGUCAGGGUCUUCGAGGUGGCCACACCAAUUUAUUCUUAGGAUGCCAUCAGGAUGGGUCUCCUUAUGAGUGCAGGGAUCUGAGGGUAAGAGUCCAGUUCUCUGUGUUUCUAGGCAAAAUGCCUAAGUGUUCUUACGGUGCCAUUUGUGUUAGAUUUCUGUGAUGUAUGACGUUGGCUUAAAAGGGAAUUUUCAUGUUUUAAGUUAGAGGAAUAUUAGUAUCUGCUUUAAAGGAAAGUUCAUUUCAAAUAUAAGGAAAAAUAGAUGAAUGUGUGAAUUUUUUGAGCCCAAGAGAUAAGAUGUUCCUAUACUUUUCCUGUGAAGAAAAUAUUUAAAAUCUUCCAUAUAUCCUGUAGAGAGUACUAGACCUCCCCACUCUAACACAGUGUAUUUGCACUACUAUAAUGUGAAGAAUGAGGAUAUAAAAGAUGUACAUGUGAUUGAUUUUUAUAUCUUUUUUAAAAAAGGGGUUUGAAUCUGUUGCACUAGACUAUACAUAACUGGUUUAUGAGAAAUGUUAUACUAGCUUUAUAAGCCCCUAAUGUUGGAACUUGUGUCUUGGUAUGAUCAACAACAUGCGAUAAGCAAUGCAAAACACCACGCCUUAAAGAAAGAAGUUUAAUGUAUUGGUUAAAGUACUAAAGAAUGUAUUUAAGUGACAAAAGGAGAUUUAAGGACAUGUAUAUUAUAACAUAGGAGCUCAAGAAGAAACGUCUUUAGAACUAGGAAAACAUGCAUUUGGGAAGAAAAUUUAGGGGCUAAAGUUGUAUAUUUUUUAUUUAAGAAGUUAAGUUAUUGUAUAAUUUGGAAGGUGUUGCUUUGAAUAUAGCACAAAACUAUUUCAAAGAUUUUUAUUUGAAAAAAACUGAUGUAUUUUUGUGCCUUAAUAUUUGUUCUGACUUAAUAAAAUGCUUUCUGAGA